GGUUCAAAGGUCAAAUUUGUCAAGAUGUCCACCUUCAAAAAGCACUUUGGACUGAAAUCCAGAGAAGAAUCCCUCCUGUUUAAAGAGCUGGAGAAGGUUCGCCAGGAGGCUAAAAAGGACUUUCUCAAAUUCAAGCAGAAGUUGGCGUCUAACCUGAUUCCAAAUGAAGGACUAGACCACCACCGCCGUCCGGCCCGCCCUGGGGAGAAGAGGAGCGAAGGUUCCUUCACGGCUCUCCGAACCCUUUCCAAAGGGUCCCCUCCCGCCAAAGUCCCUGCGACGGCUGCUGGGGUCUUCCUGCAGGAGGCGCUCCAAGGGAUAGCGCGCCCCUCGAGCCCGAGCGAGGCUUUCGCUGUGCGAAAGACCAGACCAUUUCGUCCCCAGGAAUUUUACUUGCGGAGCUCCGCGUUCCUGCGGUACAGGAUCCAGAAGAUACCGCCGAUCAUCACUCCGGACGUCGGCACUUCUAAACCUGUGGUCCUGCGGCCGCUGCCCUCGUCCCUGGGCAAGUCAAGAGCGCGCCUGAGUCCCGGGAGCCCGCGGGCCGCAGCGGCCAGGCGGGUCGUCGACCUGGCAGAGGAGCAAGAAGCAAACCAGGAGAUAACUCAGUUCUCAGAGGCCCAGAGAGCCAAAGACAGGAAGACCAGCUCCAUUUCCAGCGAGGACAGCGACUGGGAGGCGGGCUGGUGGCGGAGGAGAGUAAAGGUUCGCGCUCACUUCAUGAGCCAGGGCUCAGUCCCCAGGGGGUCGGAGRCAGACGGGUCCAUUUCCAAAGCAGUGUGGGAGAGUGGCCUGCUUAGGGAUGUGCAGGAGGUCGCCCAGCCUGAGCUGCUGCCCACCAGAGUGAUCCCCAGAACCAUCGAGGAGGUCAUCACCUCGCUGCAGUCSGAGGCCCAGCUGGCCUCUGACCAGAUCAUCAGAGAGCUCAUACAGAGCAUCCUGGGCCAGAACUACGACAUAAAACUGGAAGAUAUUUCUUUAAUGGGAAAACUGGGCCCCAAAAUCACUGAGCUGGAAGCAGAAGCACCUCGGACAGAAGAAGAAACACCUCAGAUGGAGGCRGAAUCAUCUCAGAUGGAGACAGAACAAGAGUUACACAGCAGUGUUGAGGAACCUCAAGUGCCAAUGUUUGAGGAGCCCUUGCAAGAUGUGUCAAGUAUUUUCCAGAUUGAACAGGAAGCUAUACCAGAAUGGGAAGGCUCAGAAACGGGAAGCAUGUUAUUUGGAGCACAGGAUAUGUCACAAAUACAGAAAGCAGAGCCAUCAAGUAAACCUCUGCAAGGUAGACAGCCUCCAGGAAAAUCAAAAGUCCGCAAGCAGUUGAAAUCAGGACAACUCUUGCAAAUCAGAGGAAAAGAAGUUAAGAGAAAACCAAAAAGUAAACCAAGAAUUCCAGCAUGGAGAUUAGCAAAGUCUUUAAAAUACCGUCGUGAUAAAAACCUACCUAAAAAAAUUCUACAAGCCCCUUCCAUUCCUCACAUGCAUGAUCUGUGCACCACCAUCCCAGGCCGACAGCUGCCCAUCGACUUGCACCUGGCCUCUCGCGUGUACCACACUGUCAGCAAGAAGGGCCACCGUACCCUAGUUGAAUUUUUUGGAUCAUGUUUCUUAGACGAUCACUUUCUAGACACAGAAAAAGAUAAAAUACUGUAUGGAAUUCCUGUUAAGAGAGAAAACGAAGACUAUGCCUGUGUCCCUCUGGUGCCACCAGGGACACCUUCUGAAUUGGCACAAGGAACUAUGCAAUAUGUUCACAACCUGCAACUCUCAGGAGAGGAGACAUCUGCUUAUCCAGAAAUUACAAAGAUGUUUUGGAAUCCCACUGCACCCAAAUUCUCAGUUCCAGAAUGUGUCAUGAGGGACAUUGUAUAUCCAAAAUAUGAGAGUGUUCAAAGAAGCAGAAUUUUAACUGAGAAAAUUUUGUCUGAAAGCAAGGAAAGAAUCAGUCUAAGUGGUUACAGAAGAAUGAGCUUUAAGGUUUUCUUACUAAAAAAAUCUGCAUCAUUUGAAAAUAUUAAAACAUGUUUCAGUACACAGUCUGCACAAUUGAAGAGAGCAAAAUCUGCAGUUGAAUUGAGAAAGGAGUUCACCACCAAAUCAUUAGAACUAAAGGAUGAUAUUCAAAGCAACCUGAGACUGUUGAUGUACCAGAAAAGAAGGGCGUUGGAGCUCCAGUUUGCUGAGCAAAAGAAGGCCCAGGCCCCUUUCAUCAGAGCACAUAUUACUGAGCUCCUAGAGAGCAUUCCGGAUAACAGCACUUUUGAAGACAUCUCUCUGUCUCUCAUUGAAGCAUCGAAAAAAGCUGGCAUUACUUACAUUGUUUUUCCCAAGAGAAAGAUGAUGAAAUGGAAGAAAAGCCUGAAAUCGAAUAAACUUACGACUGUGUAUAAAGAGUUAUCCAAGCCUCCAAAACCAAUUCAAAGAUCAUUAUCUCAUGGAAUACUUCCUGGAGAAAGGAAAUGUUUUCUCAAAGUUCCAUUAUAUGAACAUCAAGUACGGUGUCCCAGCUUACCUUUGAAGUUAGAUUUUGAUAAAUUUGUGGAAAGUAGGGGAGGAAUACCAAGGAAUACUAAUCCUCGGAUGUGGGCUGCUGAAAUAUUCAUUAAAGAUAAGAUUCCGAAAGUGCCCCCACCAGUAGUGAAAACUUCUGUUGAAAAGGAGAUUUCUGAAAAAGUUGAAGAACCACCAAAACUAGAAUUAAGUGAUUUUUUGGGGUGUGAUCUUCCACCAGAAGUCAUUGAGCAUUAUAAAUCUGAAGUGAAAACCUUGACUCAACAAAUAAAUAAUAAGAUACUUCCUGAAGUUGCAUAUUGCAGGCGUGGAGCUAUUUAUAGGCAUCUGGGAAAGUUACAGAGUGCCAUGAAUGAUUUACAGGAAGCUAUGAUUUUGGAGCCAAUGCUUCUCAAUGCCUAUUGGCACCGACAUUUCAUUUAUCUUUUCCAAGACAGAAUUAAUGAUGCUUUGGAUGACUUGAAUUAUAUAAGUAAAUAUAAUAAAAAUAAUGCAGAGGCAUAUUUGUCAAAGGCAGAAAUUUUCAAGAACAAAGAAAACACUGCUUUGGCAAUUCUAAAUUAUACCCUGGCAAUUAAGUGCAGGCCCACAGAAGCUGAUAGCUAUUUCAGGAGGGGUGAGAUGCAUGAAAAAGCAAACAGAGUACUGGCCAUUGAUGACUAUUCUAAAUGUAUUUUUUAUGAUCCCCAAAGAGUAGAUGCAUUAUUGAAACGUGGGAUGUUUUUCUAUGAAAAUGAAAAUUGGACUUCAGCCAUACAGGAUUUUACAGCUUUGUUAAAUAUAGAACCCAAAAAUUUGCRAGCAAGGAUACAUCGAGCAAGAGCAUAUUUUAAAAGGAGUUUUUAUAAACAAGCAAUUCAGGACUUUUCUAUUGCUAUUCACUUAGAUCCUAAUAACUGGUUGUCAUUCUAUUAUCGAGCUUGCUUAUUUAGAAAGACUAACCCUCGUAAAGCACUACAGGAUUAUAGCAUUUCAGUUCUCCUAAAUGACGGCUAUGAGAAUUUUAGUUGUUUUCUACAUCGGGGCAUAGUCUAUGUAAAUCUAAAACUUUGGUGGCUGGCAAUUUAUGACUUUGAAGCUGUUAUUUCUCUAGAAAGAACUGUUACUUUGGCUUACAUAAACAUUGGCCUCAUAUAUCUGCUACACCUGGAAAACUACAAUGAAGCUAUUUGUUGGUUUUCUGAGGCUAUUAAAAUUGAUCCUUCGUGUAUUCAAAGCUAUAUUUGUAGAGCAGAAGCCUAUUAUAAGCUGCAUAAAUUGAAAAGGGCAGUCAAGGAGUUAUCUCGUGCCAUCCACUUUCAGCCAGAUGGAGUCCAAUUAUAUAUAAUGAGAGGACAAUAUCUUCUUAUGAUGAAGUGUUAUGAUCUGGCAAAGUUCACUAUUUAUCAAGUAGCAGAAAUGAACCGUGGUCUCAUUGAGUUGAACCCAAUACAACAAGCAAUCAUUUAUUCAUUUUGUGAAAACCAUGAGAAGGCCAUUCAGGUCUUGGAGGAGAGCUUGUGGAGUAAGCCAGAAGUAAUCAUGUUUAUCAUAGCAAAAACACUAAUGAAGGCCAAGAAAUUCAAGGAAGCUCUGAGAAUGCUUAAGAAGGCAAUGGAAAUCUGUUCUUGUUCUCUCAAAGGACAAAAUGCUGCAGCUUUUUCAUCAGAGUGUCUGUAUAACUUGGGUCUUUGUUACAUAGAAGAAAACAACUUCCAAAUGGCUUUUGAUUCUUUUACAAAAGCUGUGAAAGMAAAUCCUGAUUUUGCAGAAGCUUUUUAUCAACGAGGGUUUUGUAAAGUAAAACUCCACAAGGAAAGCUCAGUUCUGGACUUCAAUCGUGCAAUUACGAUCAAUCCGAAACACUACCAGGCAUACUUAGGCCGAGUAGCCUACUAUGGUUUAAAAGGCAGAUUCUCCAAAGCAAUUUUGAACUGUAAUGAGGCAAUCAGUAUUUAUCCUGAGAGUGUGCGCGCCUAUGUCUGCAGAGGAGCUCUGAAAUACUACAGCGGGAAUUACAGGCUAGCUAUUGAAGAUUUAACUACAGCUAUCAACAUGGACAGAAAGUGUUAUGUAGCAUUUUAUAACAGAGCAUUAUGUUAUAUCAAGACAAAUGAACUUCAAAUGGCCUUAGCAGAUUAUGGAAUUGUGCUGCUGCUUGAAGCUGUAGAAAGUAUAAUCUUAAAUACUCUCAUUAAUCGUGGAAUCGUCUAUGCUGAUCAAGAGCAGUAUGGCUUUGCCUUAGAGGAUUUUAAACAAGCUGCGCUGAUAAGCCAGACCAACGUGAGUCUUUGUCAUGCUACCGCCAUGUGCCACCACAGAAUUAAAGAGUAUGAAGAUGCUGUCAGUUUCUUCACCUGGGCUCUUAAACUUAACCCAAAUUUUCUGGAUGCUCUUGUUGGUCGGGGGAAUUCCUACAUGGAAUAUGGAAAUGAUGAAGCUACCAAGCAAGCACAGAAGGAUUUUCUGAAAGCAUUGCAUUUUAAUCCAUCAUKUAUAAAAGCCAGAAUUAGUCUAUGCUAUAAUUUGCAGGCCCAAGGAAAAUUCCAGAAAGCUUGGAACCAUUUUACUAUUGCCAUAGAAAUUGAUCCAAAGAGCUACCUGGCCUAUGAAGGAAGAGCUGUGGUUUGUCUUCAGAUGGGUAAUAAUUUUGCUGCCAUGCAGGAUAUUAAUGCUGCCAUAAAGAUCAAUACCACAGCAGAGUUCAUAACAAAUCGUGGUGUGAUUCAUGAGUUUAUGGGCCAAAAACAGAAUGCAAUAAAAGACUACCAAGCAGCAAUUGCUUUAGACCCCAAGUACUCACUGGCUUACUUUAAUGCCGGAAAUAUCUACUUUCACCACAGGCAGUUUUCUCAGGCCAAUGACUACUUCUCAAAGGCUUUAAAGUUUGAUCCAGAAGAUGAUCAUGCUCUCAUGAAUCGAGCUAUCACAAAUACAAUAUUAAAUAAAUAUGAAGAAGCAGAAGAAGAUUUUGCUUGUGCAGUUGAACGUUGUCCAUUUUGGGCUGCAGUAUAUUUCAACAGAGCACAUUUAUACUGCUGUUUGGAGAAGUAUGAGCUAGCUGAGGAAGAAUUGAGUAAAGCUCUGUCUUUGAAGCCUAAUGACGCUCUAGCAUAUCACUUCAGAGCAAAAGUUCGUGGUAAAAUAGGUCUGAUUGAGCAAGCUAUGGCUGACUACAACCAAGCACUUGAUCUUGAAGACUGUGCCUUACAUACAUGA